AUGAGCGGUGUGGAAUUGGCUGGCCUAGUGCUGGCCGUACUGCCCCUUGUCAUUCAAGCCCUCGAGGACUAUAACGAAGGUCUCGACCCUAUCAAAGCGUUUAUACGUUGGGAGCGAGAGCUUCCUUCGUUCAUACGCAAGUUACGAAAUCAGCAUGUACAAUACGAGUUGACGCUCCGCCUACUACUUACUCCCAUCACCACCGAGUAUGAGUUGGCUGAGAUGAUUACAGACCCCAGUGGGGAUUUGUGGAAAGAUCCUGAAAUGGCUAUCAAGCUCGAGGAGAAGCUCGGUGAAGCAUAUCAGGCUUAUCAGGGCACAAUGACUGACAUUGAUGCCAUUAUGAAAAAGAUCGCUAGCAAGCUUGAUCUCAACAGAGACCCUACAGUGCUCAAAAUAAAGCGGAAUGACCUCGAAGCUAUGCUUGCAGCUAAUCCACGGUCAAAAACGGGUCAACGUUUUGAGUUCACAAAACGAGCGAAAUUUUCCAUGAAUAAAAAGAAGAUCAAAAGCUUAUUGGACGAACUUGAUGAGUGCAAUAAAGAGCUCGAAAGAUUUACUGAGAAGAGCGAGAAGCUGGAGCCUUACCGAAGAGCCUCAAAGCCAUCACUUGCUCAAAAGAUUCAGAAGAUCCAAAGCUAUGCUCGCACCUUGCAUUAUACGCUGCUCGAAGCUUUCAGCUGCUCUUGCAGAGACUCGCACUGCACGAACUUACAACUCGAGCAAAGGGAGCUUGGCUUGAAGUCUGGAGUUCGCAAGACAAAAGGUGAACCCGAGACAUUUACUAUAUCUUUUACCGACAAAUCUUUGCCAUUCGUCUGGCAAGAGGCGAGAAUAUGUUUCUCAGAAGAGAUAAAGGAUAUCUCGGCUGGCUUUGGAGAGUUGAACUUAAGUCCCAGGUUCGGUCGUAGUGUCAGCUUCCUUACACCUCCGCCAACUCCCCAGUCUUUACAUCGGAGAAGCUCAAGCGGCGACAGUACAUCCGAGAAAAAAGAAGUCAGAGAUCUUUGCUCUACAUUUCGGACUUUCGAGGCUUCAGAAAAAGCCUAUAUUUCUUUUUCGUUUGAGAAAGGUAGACUCUGGGGCGGUCAACCUGUUCCUCCAACCAGCCUAAAACCGUUUCGAUCUGCUGAAGCGGUUACGCUGGAAGAUCUUCUUAAUGGAGUUGCCAAAUCCCGUCUCAGCAAAAAGGAGCGUUAUACUCUUGCAGUUACUUUGGCAUCAUCCAUUCUCCAACUUCACGCUUCGCCAUGGAUCGGCGAUCAUUGGAGCAAGCGAGACAUCAUAUUCUACCGUACUAUAUCCAACACGCCGCGUACUAUCGACAUCGAACGUCCACAUGUAACGCAAAAGCUGAAACCGAAUCCCAUUCAGAGCAAUGGGAAAGCCUUCAUGAAUAAGAACACAACCCUUCUUGCUCUUGGAGUUUUGCUACUGGAAUUAUACUUCGGACAAUCAUACGAGGACCAACUGGGCGUGAGCUUUGACGAACAGAUGAAUACGUCGAUGGCUGUCUGGGCAAAUGCUUAUGAAUGGUACCAAACUGAACAGGAAGAUUUAUCGGCUGCUUUCCAGGGAGCCAUUGCGCAUUGCUUUCGAUGUUUUGGAGACCCAAGCGCUAGUCUACAGGAUCCGCUUUUCUUGCAAGCGGCGAUAGAGCAGAUAGUUCUGCCGUUGCAAGACGAGUUGGGGCAAUUUUUGGGUCGGUCUUUUGAUUAA